AUGGAGACCAAAUACGCGGCCACCGAUCUGUCGGAUGCCGCCCUCGGUCCAUCCGGCCUGCGCAUAGAAAACGGACGAUUCGUAGAUUCCCUCGGUCGAACCAUCAACCUGCACGGCGUCAACAUUGCUGGAUCUUCCAAACUGCCGACAUCGCCGAACGGACUCUCACACCUGCACGAAGAAUUUUACGAGACGCAUCGCACCGUGUCGUUUGUCGGACGACCUUUCCCUCUCGAGGAAGCACCGCUGCAUUUCGCCCGGCUCCGCGCGUGGGGGUUGCCGCUCAUUCGAUUGCUCGUGACCUGGGAGUCGAUCUCCCACAAGGGUCCAGGGAAGGACGAUGUCGAUACGGACUACGUAGACUAUCUGGAGAAGCUGGUGACGUGUAUGGCGGAGUACGGGUUGAAGUGCUUUGUGUGCGUGCACCAGGAUGUGUGGUCGCGCUUCAGCGGCGGAUCUGGUGCGCCAGGGUGGACGUUCGAGGUGGCGGGGUUGGACAUCGAGGCGUUCACAGAGACGGGCGCUGCGUACAUCCACUGUGUGGACGAGAAGCAGAAGCGAGAAGCUACCCCAGGGAAGAAGAGGGAGGAGAGCGGCGCGUUCCUCUGGCCAUCCGGAUAUCAAAAGUUGGCACCGGCAACCAUGGCGACGCUGUUUUGGGCAGGCGACGCUUUGGCACCAAAGACGACGAUCAAGGAUGGAGACAAGCAAGUGGGUCUGCAGACCUUUCUGCAGAACUCCUACAUCGAGGCCUUUGGUGCACUAGCAGAUCGAUUGCUACCAUUGGAAGCAUGCCUGGGCUUCGAACCCAUGAACGAGCCGCAUCGGGGACUUAUCAACCUGCACGACUUUCACGCUUGGAACUACGACACGGAUUUGCAUAUCGGACACUACCCGUCGUUGAUUCAAGCGCUUGCCCUCGGGAGCGGCUACAAGCAGAACGUCAAGUUCUACGUCAAGUCGUGGCCAUUCCCGACCCGAGUUUCGCACAGGGCUACGAUCGAUCCCAAGGGCAAGUCUUGCUGGCUGCCCUCGUCUCGUACAUCCAAUGGCGUGUCGAACGCAGACAAGGAUCAAGGGAUGUGCAUCUGGCGAGCACACGGAGUCUGGGAAUGGGACGAAUCCAAACAAGUCCCUGUCGUCCUACAAUACGAUUACUUCGAGAAGGACCACCGUCAAGGUCGGGAAGGCCAACGCAUCGAAUGGUACCGCGACUGCUUCGCACCCUUCCUCAAGCGCUUCUCGGACCGCGUCAACCGUUCCAAAGCAUUCACAUUCGUCGAGCCGGUGCCGAACGAGUUUGUCCCACCGUGGAUCCCCGCCCGCGUCAUCGAAGACCCCAAUCUCGCCGCGGAGUACAAACAAGCGGCCUACAAUCAGAAGUACGCCACCAAAACCCUCAUCGACACGCCCCGACCUGGUGGCGAGGCGAGGUUCGUCUACGCGCCGCACUUUUACGACCUCAACGUGGUCUUCUCCCGAGCGCACGCGUGGAUGAGUGUCAACGUCCAAGGUCUCAGCCGGGGGAUGUUUCUACCCAAAGCGCUCUAUUUCGGUGUACAAGGCUUGCGAAAGAACUACCUGGUGCAGAUGUCAAAGAUCAAAGAGCUUGCUCUGGCCUCGCUUGGGUCCGUGCCGAUCAUCAUCGGCGAAGUGGGUCUGCCGUUCGACAUCAAUGCCCGCACCGCAUACCGCACAGGGGACUAUACGAAGCAGUCCCAACUGCUCGACGCGCUGAUCAACGCCAUGGAGCAGCUCGGGCUCGGAUUCACACUGUGGAACUACAACCCCGCCAACCGCGUCGCCUACGGGGACGGGUGGAAUUUCGAAGAUUUCAGCUUCACCAAUGGUGACUUGCCCGAUCACCCCACACUGCGCUCUGACUUCCGCAACGCCUCGCACGAAGACGACGAGCUCUACCGCGGCGGUCGGUGCUUGGAAUCCAUCAUCCGACCGUACGCCGUCAAGGUGGCCGGAGAACAGGUGUAUACGUCGUUCGAUGUCGAAUCGCUCUUCUUCGAGGUACAGUGGAAGAACUCCUCAACCACUUCGACGGUGACAGAGAUCUUCCUUCCAGGGUAUCACUACAAGAACCGACGGUUCAGCAUCACCACUUCUGACUGCGAGACGAGGUUCGAUGCGGAACUUCAAACGCUCUAUGUAGAGCACAAGGAUACGCGAGCGGGUGUGGUGCACAAGCUCAAGAUCGAGCUCGAAGACGCGCACGGGCACAAGCUCGAGAGGCUGAGGGAGCGGAGGAAGCUGGUGAAGCCCGAAGGGAUGGUGGAGAGAGUGGGCAGCUGGAUGCCGGAGAGCGUUGUUCUCGCUUGGGAAGGGUUGACGUUGGAACAGGUGGUGAGUUUGACGGUGAUCGCGGCGGUGCUGGUGGGCAUGCUCAUGUUGGCCGAUUACCACGUGAGGAUGUUCGCUGCGCUCGGAGAGGAUGACGAGGAGCUGUGA